AUGAAAAGCACCUUGGCCGCGUUGUGGCUCAUUCCCGCCAUCUUGUCUGUUGGCAGCUUUCCAGUGGAAAACUAUUCCCUGGACUACUCACUGGAAGAGGAAAGCUUCUCAGUGGAACUGAGCAAGCGAACACAUCCUGCUGCCCCUCCGCCCACACCCGCCGAAUUCCAUGCUCCACCGAAUACGUGCCCGGCAGAUCGACCGGUGUUCUGGGUCAACCAGAGAUCCCCAGAAGUUACUCUCGACGUCGGUUCCCGCCGUCAAGGCCUCAGCGGAUAUUUCACAAUCGUACUUGAUCCCGUUACCCACCACGCAAGAACAGCAGGGGUCGAGUUCUUCGGUGAUGGCGUACACAUAUCGCCAUCUUAUACUGUCCGCGCUCGCACGGUGCCACCUCCCCGACCUCGGGGGGAUGGGGCCGGUCCAUUUGACACGUUCGUCGAAGUCCGCAUCAGAUCGCCGGCGCAGACUACACCGAAUGGCGCGGACAAUGGUCUCGAUUACUACUGGCGAGGUACGGAACCUUCAUUCGUCAUGCGGGUCACACAGGAGACCUAUCGUGGGCAUCGCCACCAGUCGUGGCGAAUUCGAUGGGAUCGUAUUUAUUCACCUGCCAUUGCCGUGUUUCUCGUACCGCUAGCCGGCAGACGUUGUACCACUGGGCAACGACCUCCUUGA